GAGGCGCGGGGCGGAAUUGGGGUCUACUCUAAGCUGCAGCCCGGGAAACCGUGUGUGAGGGGAAAGAGGGCCGCUUCUCUCCCGCCUCUCUAGUUCCUGCAAGCUCUUAGGAGUCUGCCUUGGAAGAGGUCACCAGCUCCCUUCUCGCAAAGGGGAGGAGAAAGCAUACAUUUAUUCAUGCCAGUCUGCUGCAUGCAAGCUUUUUGGCUUCCUACCUUGCAACAAAAUAAUUGCACAAACUCCUUAGCGAGGAGGAUUCCGCCCACAGAGAGUCCAGGGCCAGAGUCGCUUUUGCUUUGCAUUGUAGCAAAGGGACUAAGUGAUAGAGACUAUGUCGCUUUCCUGAGCGCGGUAGUGAACUGAAAUCAACUGCUUCGGGGGGGGGGGGGGGAAAGAAGAAAGAAAAGACUUGCCCGGAGGCGGCGAGAAACUUAUCAUUGGAAGAAGCUUUGGUUCGGCCACCAGGAUUCCAGAAACUCCCGGCCACGCUCAUCUGCAGACUGGGAGCCGACGGAGCCGCGAGGCGGUGAGAGGAGGGGCCGAGGCGCUCCAGCCUGGGAACUACAAGUGCGCCUUCCCCGCGGCUCCCGGGACGCCUCUCCCUCGCCGCGUGCGCUUGGCCCCGAGGCCCGGAGGCCGGGCGAUCGCGCCGCGCGGAGGCUGUGAGCGCGCGUGGGCGCCCGCGGAGCCGGGGCCAUGGUGCAGCAAACCAACACGGCGGAGAACACGGAAGCGCUGCUGGCCGGCGAGAGCUCGGACUCGGGCGCCGGCCUGGAGCUGGGCAUCGCGUCGUCGCCCACGCCGGGCUCCACCGCGUCCACGGGCGGGAAGGCGGACGACCCGAGCUGGUGCAAGACGCCGAGCGGCCACAUCAAGCGGCCCAUGAACGCCUUCAUGGUGUGGUCGCAGAUCGAACGGCGUAAGAUCAUGGAGCAGUCGCCCGACAUGCACAACGCCGAGAUCUCCAAGCGGCUGGGCAAACGCUGGAAGCUGCUCAAAGACAGCGACAAGAUCCCUUUCAUCCGGGAGGCGGAGCGGCUGCGCCUCAAGCACAUGGCCGACUACCCCGACUACAAGUACCGGCCCAGGAAGAAGGUCAAGUCCGGCAACGCGGGAUCGGGCGCCUCGGCCUCGGCCGCCGCCUCCAAGCCCGGGGACAAGGGCGACAAGGCCGGGGGCGGCGGCGGCCACGGGGGCGGCGGCGGCGGCCACGCGGGCGGCGGCGGCGGCGCCAAUUCCAAGCCCGCGCCCAAGAAGAGCGCCGGGCCCAAGGCGGCGGGCGGCGCGGGCGGCAAGCCGCACGCCAAGCUCAUCCUGGCGGGCGGCGGGAAAGGCGCGGGCGCCGCCGCCGCCUUCGCCGCCGAGCCCGCGGGCGCCGCCGCCCUGCUGCCCCUGGGCGCCGCCGCGGCCGCCGAGCCCCCGGCCGUGUACAAGGCGCGGACUCCCGGCGCGGCGCCCGCGCUCGCCUCCCCCGGCAAGCCCGCGGCCGACAAGCGGCUGAAGCGCGUCUACCUGUUCGGCGGGCUGGGCGCGGGCGCCGACCCCAGCGACCCCCUGGGCCUCUACGAGGACGGCGGCGCGGGCUGCUCGCCCGAGGGCCCGAGCGCGAGCGGCCGCAGCAGCGCCGCGUCCUCGCCCGCCGCCCGCUCGCCCGCCGACCACCGCGGCUACGCCAGCCUGCGCGCCGCCUCGCCCGCCCCGUCCAGCGCGCCCUCGCACGCGUCCUCGUCGCACUCGUCCUCGUCGUCGGCCUCGUCCUCGGGCUCCUCGUCGUCCGACGAGGAGUUCGAGGACGACCUGCUCGACCUGAACCCCAGCUCAAACUUUGAGAGCAUGUCCUUGGGCAGCUUCAGCUCGUCGUCGGCGCUGGACCGGGACCUGGAUUUUAGCUUGGAGCCGGGCUCAGGCUCGCACUUCGAGUUCCCGGACUACUGCACGCCCGAGGUGAGCGAGAUGAUCUCGGGAGACUGGCUGGAGUCCAGCAUCUCCAACCUGGUCUUCACCUACUGAAGGGCGUGGGCGCCAGGCAGGAGGGCCGAGGGGCACCGGAGGGAGAGAGAGAGAAAAGAAGAAAAAAAAAAAAAAAGCAAAAACAAAAAAAAAAGAGGAGAAAAGGAAAAGAACAGAUGAAGAGUAGGAGAAAAGGGAAAAAAAGAAAAGAAGAAAAAAGUGCGCAGGGCUGGCUUCCGCCGCGCCCCCACCCCAGUGGAAGGAGCGCGGGGCGUCGCGACCCACGCUCCCAUCCCCCACCACCAGGGCCGGGGACGCGGAGGCGGCGACAGGGGCGACGUUUUAUUGUUGUUGAUGUUGGUGGCAAAAAAGCUACUUCGAGUUUCCUACCCUCUGCUUGGAGAGAUCCCCCUCCCCUGCCCUUCCAACCGGCUUCGGAACUUGGCGCACCCCCGCGAGAAAAGAAGCCCAGUGGCUUCCAGAGACCGAAGGAAUCCGCCCGUCUCGAGCUUCGCCACCGUGGUGACUUUUUAUUUUAUUUUAUUUUGCUACUUGGGAAGGAGAGAGGGAAAGCAGCCCACCUCUCUCCCCUCCCCCUCGCCUUUCUCUGCUCUGCGUGCGUAAUGGAGACGGCAGGCCGGGGGCAGCGCCGGCCGCGGCAGAUGUUUGGGGGGAGGGAGCGCUGGCGCCCAGAGACUCCACGCUGGCGAAGUCCCGGGUUGGGAUUUUUUUUUUCCCCUCUGCUAUGUUUUCUCGUCCCUGCAGCCAGCGGAGGAGAUGUGCAGGGAGGAGGCCGCCUCGGAAGUGACCUGGGGACCUUCCUGGAAGCCACAGCAGCCGAGCGGAGGGCUGCGGUGUAGAUGCGACCGAGGUUGGCGGGUCCCUGGCCUCCGGAGAGGGAGAGGUGAGACUCCCCCGAGCCCAGGCGGGGAGGACAGGAGACUUUGAUGUGGUACAGGGGCAGUGGAGUGGUUUUGGGGGGAAAAAGAGGUUUUUUCUUCUCUUAAUCGGAAUCGUGAUGGUGUUGAAUUUUUUCACUGGUGGGGUUAAUAUAGCAUGUUAUCCUGUCUAUCUUUAAAGAUUUCUGUAUAAGACUGUUGAGCAGUUUUUAAAAUAGUGUAGGAUAAUAUAAAAGCGGAUAGAUGGCGCUAUGUUUGAUUCCUACGACAAAAUUAUCACCAGCUUUUUUUCACUCUUAACUCUUUAAAAGGAUUCAAACGCAACUCAAAUCUGUGCUGGACUUUUAAGAAACACAAUUCAGGACCAAAUUUUUUCUCAGUGUGUGUUUAUUCCUUAUAGGUGUAAAUGAGAAGACCUUUUUUUUCCCUCACCGAUGCUCCAUCCUCUUUUUUUAUCUUCUUGUAAAUGUAAUCAGAUGCCAUUUUAUAUGUGGACAUAUUUAUACUGGCCAAACAUUUUUUCUUACUUUAUCCCUUUCUUCCUUUCCUUUUUUGUCUUUUCUUUCUUUUGAUUUUCUUUAUUUUUUUCUUUCUUUCCUUCCUUCCUUUUUUUUUUGGUAGAUGUUGUUACCCACGCCAUUUUAUGUCUCCUUCACUGAAGGGCUAGAGUUUUAACUUUUAAUUUUUUAUAUUUAAAUGUAGACUUUUGACACUUUUAAAAAAACAAAAAAAGACAAGAGAGAUGAAAACGUUUGAUUAUUUUCUCAGUGUAUUUUUGUAAAAAAUAUAUAAGGGGUGUUAAUCGGUGUAAAUCGCUGUUUGGAUUUCCUGAUUUUCUAAUAGGGUGGCUGGUUAAUAACUCACACAGUGUAAGAAAUCAGCCCCUAAUUUCUCCAUGUUUACACUUCAAUCUGCAGGCUUCUUAAAGUGACAGUAUCCCUUAAUCUGCCACCAGUAUCCACCCUUGGACCCCAAGUUUUAUAAAAUGGGGAGAAAUCAGUCAAGCAUUGUAAUGCUUUUAAGAAAAGCGUAUUUUAAAAAGAAAUCCAGUUCUGUCCCAUAGGCUUUAAAACUGGUGUAUUUACAGCGAAAAGGGAUCCUGUAGCUUUAACUUGUAAACCACAUCUUUUUUGCACUUUUUUUAUAAGCAAAAACGUGCCGUUCAAACCACUGGAUCUAUCUAAAUGCCGAUUUGAGUUCGCGACACCACGUACUGCGUUUUUCAUUCUUGUAUUGACUAUUUAAUCCUUUCUACUUGUCGCUAAAUAUAAUUGUUUUAGUCUUAUGGCAUGAUGAUAGCAUACGUGUUCAGGUUUAUAGCUGUUGUGUUUAAAGAUUGAAAAAAGUGGAGAACAUCUUUGUACAUUUAAGUCUGUAUUAUAAUAAGCAAAAAGAUUGUGUGUAUGUAUGUUUAAUAUAACAGGACAGGCACUAAGACGUCUGCCUUGUACCAGGCAGUUCCGUUAAGGGUUUUUGUUUUUAAACUUUUUUUUUUUUUUUUUUGCCAUCCAUCCUGUGCAAUAUGCUGUGUAGAAUAUUUGUCUUAAAACUCAAGGCCACAAGAAAAAAAAUAAAAAAUAUUGUGGGGGAGGAAAAAAGGAAAAAAAACUCAUGCCAGCUAAUCAUGUCAAGUUCACUGCCUGUCAGAUUGUUGAUAUAUACCUUCUGUAAAUAACUUUUUUUGAGAAGGAAAUAAAAUCAGCUGGAACUGAACCCUAAA